CAUCAUGAUACAUAUCAACAUUCUAAAAACUGCCUCACGUGUUACAGAGGAUCCUUAUUUUGGCGAUUUUGCUGCCUUGUUUCUUAUCAAUUCUUCCUGUGAAGUUCUUAUCAUCUCAGUGAUACUGUCAGACCAAAGUUUAGAAAUUACCAUGAACAAAAGACUGCUGUUGGUAUCUAACUCCACACUUCACGGUGGAGGAUAUCUUCAACACUGUCAGCAACAGAUACAAGUAUUUUUUGGAAAGGGAGUAAAGAGGAUCCUGUUUGUGCCGUAUGCUCUACAUGAUCGAGAUGCCUAUACCAAGACUGCUAGAGACAAGUUCAAGACACUGGGUUUGUUUCUUAGCUCAUUUUGUCACGUGUGUUAUGAGUGCAAUGUUUUCCCUCAUCUCUGUUGUGCACUUCUGAAUUUUCUUCCAGGUUAUGAGGUGGAUAGUGUCCAUGAGACACCAGACCCUGUGGAGGCGGUCAGGAAAGCUGAAGGAAUAUUCAUCGGUGGCGGGAACACUUUCCGCCUGCUGAAAGCUCUCUAUGAUAACAAGCUGGUAACCGAGAUCAGGAAGAGAGUAUUAGACGAUGGAAUACCUUAUAUGGGAUCAAGUGCAGGCACUAAUGUCUCCACCAUCAGCAUCAAUACCACUAAUGACAUGCCCAUCGUUUACCCACCCACGUUUGCUGCCAUUGGUCUUGUGCCCUUUAACAUUAACCCUCACUAUCUGGAUGCUGAUCCCAACAGCAAACAUAUGGGGGAAACACGUGAGCAGAGAAUUAUCCAGUUCCACGAGGAGCCGGACACACCAUGUGUGCUGGCUCUUAGGGAAGGCUGUAUGCUCAUUGUGGAGGGAAACAAGGCCACCCUACUUGGCUGCACUAAAGCACGACUAUUCCAGAAGGGAAAGCAAACCACAGAAUAUGAACCAGGCAGUGAUCUGAGCUUCUUACUGACAGAUGCACAAAAUAUAUAACUGUAAUAAUGUACCAUGCACACAAACUUUAGUUUUUACAAUAAAUUAUAAAAAUAACAGAACUUAAUCUCAUUCACUGCUCUUUUGCUUUAUUUGAAUACUUUUUCCAAUGACAAAAGCACUGGAGCCGCUUGUAAAUUGAAAAUAUGCAUUUGGUUAUUUAUUAACUAGAUAUGUGAUGUUACAUAAAUCUUGUGAGGUCAAUUAUCACAGAUUACAAAGGGUGUUGUUAGAUAGCAGGAAC